UCAACUUUUUGGUAAUCAAUUACGCCAACAGAGCAGUGAAAUGAGUCAUGGGGUUCUGACAGAUAGUGGACAAAUCGAGACUGUGAGGUUUGAAGUGCAGAUUUUGAAUAUAUAUUAGGUUGCUAGUAACAAGCUUUUGUUCAUAGGUAUGGUAGCCAUGAUGGAAUUCAAGCACUUAGUAAUUGUUAAGUUCAAGGAAGGUGUGGUAGUUGAAGAACUCACCAAAGGGAUGGAGAAGUUGGUCUCGGAGAUUGAUGCUGUCAAGUCCUUUGAAUGGGGAGAGGAUAUUGAAAGCCUAGAUGUGCUGAGACAAGGUUUCACUCAUGCCUUUUUUAUGACAUUCAGCAAGAAAGAAGACUUCGCUGCAUUUCAGAGCCAUCCAAAUCAUAUUGAGUUCUCGGCCACAUUUUCAGCAGCUAUUGAAAAGAUUGUGCUGCUGGAUUUCCCAUCUACUCUUGUCAAGGCACCAGCAUGAUCCUGAAGAUAUUCCAGCAAUAAAGAUUGUGUCUCUUAAGAGUUAAAUCUAUUUAGUGUGUGUAUGCUUGUGUCCGCUAUUUGUAGUAAUUUAGUUAUGGGUUGUUUGUUCCUACCAGAUCUCGUGCAAUUUGAACUCGUGGUGUGACUUAUGAAUGAUAAACUCUUUUUGCCUUCUA